AUGCAUUUGACACUCCUGAGAAACAAUUUGCUCAUCCUUAAAACUCUGUCAAUUAUUUAUUCAUUACCAGUGCCUGCGUCAGAUUUGUGGGAAGGUGUUGUGAGUGUCAGUAAUGCUGGUAAGAAAAAAGGGAGAGGCAAAAGAGUUGGCAGGAAGAAGGUCACCGAUCUGAACAGGGGACAGACUAUUGGCGCUGGUCGUGAGAACAUGUUGUGGCCUGGUCUGAACAGUCCCAUCUUGAAGGGGAAGGCCAUUGUUUCCAGGCAAAAACUUCCACCUGAUCCAGAAAAAGCUCAAGAGAUUGUUAGAAUGAGAGAUCAAAUGAGCAAGGUUCGAUAUCCAGCACUGCCUCCCCUACUGAGAGGUUAUUCAGGGUCAAAGUUCAAUGGUCAGAGUGUGGGACCUCCUGACCCCGUUGCUGACUAUACAUUUGAUGAUUUUGACACGAGGGUCCUUGAGUUCAAGACAGUAUGCAACAUGACAGGCACCCUAGGCAGGAAGAUGAGGUUUUCUGCAUUUGUUGUCACUGGCAACAAAAACGGAGUAGCAGGCUAUGGGUUGGGCAAGGCACUAAAUGCAAAGGCUGCCAUCAGAGUUGCCAAAAAUAAGGCAGCCCAGAAGCUGGUGUACGUGCCGAGGUUUGAGGAUCACACAGUCUACCACAACAUGUUCGCUCAAUACCACAGGUCCAAAAUAUUCAUUCACAAGAAGGAAAGAGGUUAUGGUCUGAGGUGCCACAGAGUAUUGAAGACAAUUUGUGACUUGCUGGGCAUCAAAGAUUUGCACUGCAAAGUUGAAAAUAGCACAAAAAAUGUCCAAAGUGUUACAAGGGCAUUUUUUGAUGCGGUUACACAUCAGGAGACCCAUGCAGAGUUGGCAGAAAGAAUGGGCUACCACGUGGUCGAGAUGAAGAAGGAGGAGGAUUACUUCCCUCGUCUGAUUGCUUCACCUUCAACUCCUGCUAAUAAGAAGCCAAUUGAAGAUGAAGUUGAAGACCUUGAAGUUUGUGCUUGCCAUGCCUUGAUUGUUGAAGCAUUUUCGCUAUGCUUUUAA